AAAAAACCAAAGAAAAGGAGGGAAAAAAAUCCCACCCAAAUCUGCCUUUGCCUUUUAAAGCUCUGCUCCCAGGAGAUGAACGAGCACAGUUAGUUUAGACCUGGUUUUAGCAGCCCAGGCAGGGCAUGGGCAAGGUGCUGGUGACGGGGUCAGUGACGUGGGCACACACAGGGUGGCACUGGGUGGUGUAGCAAGCUGUGGUGUGUGUUGCUGGGUGGUUUUGGGGCACGUAAGCUGGUGACUUCCUGAGCUGAUUUCCUGAGGAGCGGCGGCAGCGGGCAGGGUCGGGCCCUGGCAGAGGGACCUGAUGGCAGAGCCCGAGCCUCCUGCAGAGCUGCAGCUGGAUGAAGCAGGAGCAUCCUCAACCCCUCAGGGAGCAGCUGCAGGCACUGCUUCUCACCUGGACCAUCAACAUAGCCCAGGGGCAGGUGUGGAGGUGACAUCCCAGUAUGGGGGCAGUCCAGACACCUGCCCGGAGCUGCAGGCAGAGAGUGGGGACCCUUCCUUGGAACUAAACAUGCCAGGAUCCCAGCUGGAUGAGGACACAGCCAGAGCCAAGACCCCACUGGAUGCGGACACGGCAGGAAUCCCGCUGGAUGUGGAUGCAGAUGGAUUAGGGAUCCCACUGGAUGUGCAUGGGGCAAGCAUCCCGCUGGAUGUGGGUGCAGGUGGGAUGAGGAUCUCUCUGGAUGUGGAUGCAGAUGGGGCAGGGAUCCCACUGGACAUGGACACAGACGGGGCAGGGAUCCCAGCCAGUGUGGAUGCAAGUAGGGCAGGGAUCCCAGUGGACAUGGAUGCAGAGAGAGCAGGGACCACAGCUGACGCAGAUGGGGCAGGAAUCCCACUGGACAUGGACACAGAUGGGGCAGGGAUCCCAGCUGAGGUGGAUGCAGGCAGGGCAGGGGUCCCAGUGGACAUGGAUGCAGAGAGAGCAGGGAUCCCAGCCGAUGCGGAUGGGGCAGAGAUCCCAUCGGACAUGGAGGCAGAGGGAGCAGGAAGCCCCCUAGACGCGGAGGAUGCAGAGCAUCAGUGCCUGACCCUCGAGGAGCUGGGGGACUUCUUCCAAGAGUGCAUCGAAGCCGUGGAGCAGCUGGAGAAGGAGCGAGACAGCCUGAUCGCGGAGCUCGCCCAGCUGCGGGAGCCUGCGCUGCAGGAGAUCCGCCAUGCCCAUGAGGAGAUCCAGGAAGCCUGCAGGCUGCUGGCCAAGGUGGAGCUGGAGAGGGACAACCUGAAGGAUGAGAUCAGGCAGAUCAAGCAGAAGCUGUUCAAGGUGACGAAGGAGUGUGUGGCUUGCCAGUACCAGCUGGAGAGCCGGCGGCACGACCUCUCCCAGCACGCCGCUUACCGGGGCGAGCUGGAGACCCAGGCUGGGCAGCUCUCCGGCGAACUGUCCCGGCUGAAGGAGACCUGUGAGAAGGAGAAGGAGGUUUUGAGGCAGAGGCUGGAGGCUCCACCGUGUCGACAAGAUAAUCUGUACCUGCAGGAGAGCCGCCGGCUCUCCAUGGAGUUUGAGAGCUUCGUGGCGGAGAGCCGGAGGGGUCUGGAGGAGCACUACGAGCCCCAACUGCUGCGGCUGCUGGAGAGACGUGAGGCGGGGGCCAAGGCUCUGCAGGAGGUGCAGGGGGAGAUCCAGGGGAUGAAGGAAGCCCUGAGGCCCUUGCAGGGGGAGGUCAGCAGGCUGCGGCUGCAGAACCGGAGCCUGGAGGAGCAGAUUGUCCUCAUCAAGCAGAAGCGGGACGAAGAGGUUGGGCAGUAUCGGGAACAGGUGGAGGAGCUGGAAGACAGGCUGAAGGAGCUCAAGAACGGAGUCCAGCUCCAGCAGCGCAAGAAUCAGGAGCUGGAGGAGCUGAGGACCAGCCUCCACCGGGAGCUCUCCAUCUACAAGAGCUGCUUAGAAAUCUAUGGGCACCUCUGCAAAUCAGAAGAGAAAACAGAGCAGGACUCUUAGGAACCUUGGGACUUGUCCUCCUCGAAGCCAAAGGACAGAGGCACCUACAGGGGACAUCUCCUCUUGCUGCUUGCCCUACUCGAUGCACAGCAGCUGCCUGGAGCCAGGAAGCUGGGUUUGCUCCUGGGUGUUUCUCAAGGAGCUGCUGUUGCUUGUGUGGUGAAACUGCUUUUCCACAGAGCAGAGCAAAGCAAACUUGCACUGAAAAAAAGGACCUACAUGAAGAAUGGCAGAGGGCUGGAAGCUGUGUUGGGAAGAUGGGAUCUGUGGCUUGCUCCAUGGCUGGAUAGGGUGAGCCUGGAAGCCAGAGUUAAGAGAGUUCUGGGGUUUAAAGUUUACAAGCCAGAGUAGCUUUAUCCUUUUAACAGGAUUUCCUUUUGUAUUUCAAGGGUCUCUGCAUUGUGGCAUUGCUUCCAGGUCCUUGCCAGCCUAAUUCUGUGCUCCAGCACAGGCCACAGAAUCCAGUUUGUGGGGAAUAGCUUUCCACUUUAGAUAGUCUCACACUGAAAAUAAAAGGAUCCUUAAACUCCCACCCUUAGGUCUCAAAGCUGUGUCUCCAAAUAAAACAAGAUGCUGGUGUCAAA